AUGACUUCGAAAUUUUUGUUAGAGUUAUCUAACGAUUAUGAAAGACUUUUUGAAACAGAAAUUGGAUAUGACGUUAUUAUUUAUUCCGGAGAAGAAUCAAAUAUCAAAGAAAUUCAUGCUCAUUCAAAUAUUUUGUGCAUUAGAUCUCAAUACUUUCGCUCUGCAUUUUCUAAUGAAUGGGCUGAAAAAAGAGAUGGAAAAUUUAUAUUCAGAAAACCAAAUAUUUCGCCACAAUUAUUUAAUAUCAUUCUUAGGUUUAUUUAUUGUGGAAAUAUUGAAUUGGAGAAAUUACAGGGUUCCGACGUAUUGAAAUUAUUGAUAGCAGUUGAUGAACUCAAUAUCAAUUCAUUGAUUUCACAUAUUCAAGAAUUUUUGAUUGAUCAUCAAACUGAAUUUUUACAACAAAAUCCAACUGAAAUUCUUGAAACCGUUUAUCAACACGAAGCAUUUGCGGAUUUAUGGAAUUUCUAUCUUGAAAAAGCUUGUAUAGAACCUAAAAUUUUAUUUAAUUCUGAUAAAUUUAUUAACUUGAAAGCUCCAUUAUUAGAAUUAUUGUUAAAAAGGGAUGAUUUGAAUUUAGAUGAAAUUGAAAUUUGGGAGAAUUUAUUGAAGUGGUGUUCUGCUUGUCAAAAUAUAGAGAAUGAUCUAACAAAAUGGAACAGAGAAGAUAUUACAAAGAUUAAAAGGGAAUUGAAUAGAUUUAUUCAUUUAAUUCGAUUUUAUGAUAUUGAACCUGCAGAUUUUUUUUAUAAGGUUUAUUGUUAUAAGGAUAUCCUACCACAAGAUUUAAUUCAUGAUCUUUUGGAAUUUCAUAUAGUACCUAAUGUGAAACCUAAAGAUAAUUUACAACCUUCAAGAAAAACAUAUUUUAAAAAACUUGAUUCAACCUUGACUGGAUCAGACUGUAUUCCUGUUUUUGCUUCGUGGAUUGAUAAAAAAGAUUCUUCACAUUAUAAUAAAAAAGAUGCUCCCUAUAAUUUUAAUUUAUUAUAUCGUUCAAGUCGGGAUGGAAUUGAUCCUGGUUCUUUUCACAGAAAUUGUGAUAAUAAAGGAGCUACUAUUUACAUAGUAAAAAUUAAAGAUUCAACACAACUAGUCGGAGGAUAUAAUCCACUUGACUGGAAUGGAAAUGAUUGGAAAACUACAUCAGAUAGUUUUUUAUUUAACUUUACAGAUAAGAAAAAUGUUUCUACUGGAAAAGUAAGCUAUGUUAAUAAACAACAUCGUGCUGUUUAUUGUUAUUAUAGUUGGGGGCCAACUAUGGGUAAUUUAUACUGUAAAUAUGAUAAUAGGUGGUAUUAUGAUAUCUAUUCCGAUGGUGAGCGAUAUUCUAAUAUAGGAAUUCCAAAAAGAUUUGAAGUGGAAGAUUAUGAAGUAUUUCAAGUAGUUGAAAAAUAA